AAUCCUUCUGCGCAUCCUCAGUCGUUAUCGCAGUCAGCGAGUCCGCUGCUCCAGCCCAGCACAACACAGCCCAGCACAACCCACAAACUACCCGGCACCAUUCUACCAUGACCUUGCUGCGAGCCUUCGCGGCCGUCAGGGCCCCCAGCCGAUCGGUCCUCCGAUCCUACUCAACCGCACACACCGCAUCGUCGUCCUCGUCGCUUGGCUCGUGGGCCAAGCUUGCCGUGGGACUCUCGGCCGCGAGUGUCGCCGCCGUCUAUCUAUACGACUCCCGCGCCUGGGUCCACCGCGGAAUCUUGAUGCCGACCAUCCACUUUUUGCUCGACGCUGAGACUGCCCAUCGCGCCGCCAUUCUGGCUGCCAAAUAUCACCUCUGCCCCGUCGAUCGCGGAGUCGACAGCGAUGUGCUUGCCACUGAAAUCUGGGGCAAGAAAAUCUCCAACCCCAUCGGCCUCGCUGCUGGAUUCGAUAAGCAUGCCGAGGCCAUCGAUGCCAUGUUCGGCGUUGGCUUUGGCGCCGUCGAAAUCGGGAGUGUGACUCCCCAGCCCCAACCAGGCAACCCGCUCCCGCGCAUGUUCCGCCUCCCAGAGGACCGCGCCGUCAUCAACCGAUACGGAUUCAACUCGGAGGGCCACCAGGCCGUCUACGACCGUCUCAAAUCCCGUAUCCGCAACUUCCUCUACCGCAGCGCCUCCGGUUCGGAGUCUCUGCCAAAGUCGCUCAAGGAGAACCGACUGCUUGGCGUCAACCUCGGCAAGAACAAGACCUCCCCCGCCGACUCCGACGACGACUAUAUCAAGGGCAUCGAAAAGCUCGGCGAGUUUGCCGACUAUAUUGUCGUCAACAUCAGCAGUCCGAACACCCCCGGCCUGCGCGCAUUGCAGCGCCGUGAGCCCAUGGAGCGACUGAUGCAAGAGGUCAAGGACUCUCGCGACAAGCUUUCGCAUCGUCCCCCCGUGGUGGUCAAGAUUGCGCCCGAUCUUACGGAUGAAGAGCUCGACGACAUUGCUCAAGUGGUCAUGAAGGUCGGAAUUGACGGUGUGAUCAUCAGCAACACCACCAUCAGUCGUCCCGCGACUCUCAAGAGUGAUCCCCGCCUGAUUCGCGAAAUGGGUGGUUUGUCUGGUCCUCCCAUCCACUCGCUCUCUGUAGCCACCCUGUCCAAGUUCUACAAGAUCACCGGCGGCUCCGUCCCUCUGAUUGGCUGCGGCGGUGUCCUGACGGGCGAAGAUGUCAUUCGCUUCGCCAAGGCCGGCGCCAGUCUGGUCCAACUCUACUCGAGCAUGGCCUACGAGGGCCCCGGGCUCAUUGCCGAUCUGAAGGACGAGGUCACCCGAAUCCUCAACCGCGAGAACAAGACCUGGAACGACAUUGUCGGCCUUGACCACAAGUAAUUCACCUGGACGAUGACUGCUUGCUCUCGAUCCUGUUCAAAAGUGCGCUCCUUUGCGCACUAUUAUAUUGCACUGCUCGUGAGCUUCGAACUCUCUCAUUUAUCUUGAAUCCCGCUGCGGAUGUUGUCUCUGGAAGAGCCUGCCAGGAAUAAAGACUCUCGAUCCAGCCGGGCGACUGGUUGCAGCGAGCACUCUUGGUACACCCUUCAGUAUUCUCCCCCCCGGAAGCACAUCCCCAACUCUGUAUGCUGGCUGCUCGCGAUCGCCAUCGAGUCGUUCUAGCGAUCGUUGAAGCCUUGCUAUCGCAAGACCCACCGCGAUAUACGCUGCGAUAUACACCGAGAAUGUCAGC